CCCAGCGCUGCAUUGAACGGCGACGACGAGCGUUUCCUCGGACCACCCCCUUCCUUCCCGCCGCCAUUCCGCGGGUCCUCACCGCCAUCGACAAUGAGGGGGCUAGCGUUUCCCACAGACCCCCAGGCCGACCGCGAGACGUCAAACGAGUGCGGCUCGCCCAGCAACGCCACGGACGACAUACCGAUUGACCCGGCCCUCAAUGCCAUUCCCCUGGACCCGAGCUUGGUGGAGAAGGCAAAGAAGGAGCAGGGAGAAGAGGAGGCCGUCCCACCCCAUGAAGACACCCAAGAGGAGCCCACUCCACGCAAGCACACAUACUACGCGUACUCGCAGGUCCCCGAGGGCGAUCCGGCACUCUUCCAGCAGCAGGAACUCUUCCCUCCCGCCCCCCAUCCAGAGGAGCCUCCCCCGAUGACACGCAGGGUUAGGGGUCCCAAGCGACGCAAACGAUGCUCCUUCUGCCGCGGGGAUGACCAUAAGAAUAAGUACGGUGUUCCCGAGUCCAUGGUCGGCUGUAGCGAAUGCGGCCGUGUCGGUCAUCCAUCCUGCCUGCAGCUCGCGGAUGUCGCAGAGAUUUUGCACUCGUAUGCCUGGGUUUGCAUAGAGUGCAAGAAGUGCGAGUUCUGUCAUGAGAAGGGCGCGGAUGAUCGCUUGAUGUUCUGCGACAGAUGCGACAGAGGCUACCAUAUGGACUGCUUCGACCCCCCUAUAGCGGAGAUGCCCACUGGGAAGUGGUACUGCCCUGGCUGCGAACGAGAUUAUCCUCAAGAAUGUGUGCACCCAGAACAGGAGAUGACACAGUCCGUAGAACAGCCAGAACAGCCUUCAGUCCAGGACCUCUUCUCCUCGCCUGCGCAGAGCACCUCAGAACUGCCCGUCGCAUCCACCUCGCAGCUACCCCCUCCCACGCCCGCGAAACGGAGCCACAAGCGGAAGCAUCGCGCCGUAGUAUCCUCAGACGAGGAGGAAGUCGAUGUCGAAAGUCUCACUUUGCCCAAGAGGAAGUCGCGCCUGUCAGCCAAGAUGGCGGCGUCCGUGGCCUCGACAACGGAGCAGAGGGGCAAACUGAAGGCCUCCGCCAGCCAGAUCUCCAUAACCGACGACUCGCGGUCUCAUAAGCGUCGCCGAGUCGCAGCGCCGUCCAGCCCGCAACCCCUUCGUAUACGUCUACCGCCGCAGAGGAACAAGGGGAAAGAGCGCGCGCACUUCCAGGACGACGACAUCGAUGUUGAGGGAGAGGAGGACGAGGAGGAGCAGAAAGGCAUGUUCGACGACAUCCUCACGCCCGAGGAGCGAGAUACGUCCAAGACGGAGAUCACGCCUGAGGAUACGCGGAGAUUUGAGGCGGCACGCACGCGAGCUGAGGCGCGCUUAGCCAGCUCCGCAACAGCACAGCCACCCGAGUGGGAUACGGGGCAGUCGCACCAACAGCAGCAACAACCGGAAGCUGGCCCCUCUGGCCUUCGCCCCCGAAUCCAUCCUCGUCUAACGCAGACGCAGCCUGUCGCGUCGUCGCCCGCCCCCGUGGAGGCACAACCGCCGGGAGUUGGGCAGCGCAUCCAGUGCAUCCGCUUUGGCCCCUACGAUAUCAAGACGUGGUACGAUGCGCCGUUCCCGGAAGAGUACUCGAAUAUUCCCGAUGGGAGGCUUUGGUUGUGCGAGUUUUGCCUGAAGUAUAUGAAGAGUCGGUUGACAGCGGGGAGGCACAAGCUGAAGUGCAAGAUGCGACAUCCUCCUGGCGAUGAGAUAUAUCGCGAUGGGGCGGUGUCGAUCUUCGAGGUAGACGGGCGGCGGAACAAGAUAUACUGCCAGAACCUCUGCCUUCUUUCGAAGAUGUUUCUCGACCACAAGUCACUCUUUUACGACGUCGAGCCCUUCCUAUUUUACGUCAUGACGGAAGUCGACGAAGUUGGCGCGCGCUUCGUUGGCUACUUCAGCAAGGAGAAACGUAGUCAUAAGGACUACAAUCUGAGCUGCAUCAUGACGUUGCCAGUACGCCAGCGCCAGGGCUUUGGGAACCUCUUGAUCGACUUCAGCUACCUAUUGUCGAAACGAGAGCAACGGCUGGGCUCGCCGGAGAAACCGCUCUCGGGGCUCGGCGCACUCGGGUAUCGUAACUACUGGAAGCUCGCCGUGCAUAGGUAUCUUGCGACUGCACCGGACAACCCGCGUCUCGAGGACAUCAGCGCAGCCACCUCGAUGACCAUCGAGGAUGUAUACAACACGCUCAAGUUGCUGGACUUCAUUGAUGUUCGCCCAUCUACGCCACCAUCCAUCCGCCCAUCGCCCGGGCAGGCCAUCAAGUUUCCCAAAGCCAUUCAACGCCACCACCACCGCCACUGCCCUCCGACGAGCCGUUCGUACCACCGAAGCACUACGAUAUUCACUGGGACCAGCAGCAAGUGGAGGAAUAUCUCGCGAAGUGGGAAGCCAAGGGCUACAUCACGCUCAAGCCGGAGAAGCUGAAAUGGAGCCCGUUCAUCGUCAUGCGCACCAGGAAGACCGAAGCGGCGGAGGCAGCAGAGACAGCUGACUUGGUGACCAC